UGAUGAUGACGAUGAUGAUGAUGAUGAUGAUGAUUAUGAUUAUGGUGUUGACGAUGAUGAUGAUGAUUCGGAUGAUGACGCUGUUUCCAGUGAUGAUGAUGAUGAUGAUGGUGAUGAUGUUGAACAUGAUGAUGAUCAUGUGGAUGAUGAUGAUGAUCACGACGAUGACGACGAUGACAAUGAUGACGAUGAUGUUGAUGAUGACGAUGGUGAUGAGGAUGAGGAUGACCAUUACGAUGAUGUUGUUGAUGAUGAAGCUGACGAGGAUGAUAUGGAUACUUUUGAUGAUGACGAUGAUGCUGAUGAGGAUGAUGAUGAUGAUUUUGAUGGCGAUGAUGAUCAUGAUGAUUAUGAUGUUCAAGUAUUAGACGAUGAUGAUGAUGAUGAUGAUAAUGAGGAUGAUGAUGAUGAUGGUGAUGAUGAUGAUGAUGAUGUUGAUGACGACGAUGAUGACGAUGAUGUUGAUGGUGAUGAUGAUGAUGACGAUGAUUCGGAUGAUGAUGAUGAUGAUGAUGAAUAUGAUGAUGAUGAUGAUGUUGAUGAUGAUGACGAUGAUGAUGAUGAUGAUGAUGGUGAUGAUGGUGAUGUUGAUCAUUGUGAUGAUGAUAACGAUUAUGAGGAUGAUGAUGACGAUGAUGCGGAUGAGGAUGAUGAUGAUGGUGUUGAUGAGGCUGAUCCGGGUGAAAUGGAUCAUGGUUAUGAUGAUGAUGAUGACGAUGAUUAUGAUGAUGAUGAUGAUGAUAUUGAUGAUGACGAAGAUGAUGAUAACGAUGAUGAUGAGGAUGAUGAUGAUGACGAUAUUGGUGAUGAAGAUGAUGGUGAUGAUGAUUUUGAUUACGAAGAUAAUGAUGUUGAUGUUGAUGAAGAUGAUGAUGAUGAUGAUGAUUCGGAUGAUGAUGAUGAUGACGAUGAAGAUGAUGAUGAUGAUGAUGAUGAUGGUGAUGAUGAUGAUGAGGAUGAGGAUGAUGAUUCGUAUGAUGAUGAUGAUUCGGAUGAUAAUGGUGGAGUUGAUGAUUAUGAUGAUGAUGAUGAUGAUUCCUAUGAUGAUGUUGAUGAUUCGUAUGAUGAUGAUGAUGAUUCGGAUGAUGAUGAUUAUGAUGAUGAUGAUGAUGAUGAUGAUGAUGAUGUCGGUGAUUCCGAUGCUUCUGCUGCUGCUGAUGAUGACGAUGAUGAUUACGAUGAUCAUGAAGAUGUUUAUGAUGAUGAUGUUUUUGAUGAUGAUGAUGAUGAGGAUGAUGAUGAUGAUGAUGAUGAUUCGGAUGAUGAUGAU